UAGUUUGGAGACUCCGCCCUCCUCGCCAUUCCUGUAAUGGCUGCUUCCUGGAAGGCGCUGUCACGUGGAAGCUCUUAGUUUCAGCAUCCGGAGCCUGGGGAAGGGAGUAUUUCAAGUCAGAAAUUUACUUCACGCGUUUGUCUGAAACCACCAGCCCUCAAGAUCUAGACACCUCAAGAUCCCAACAUCAUGACCUCAGUUUCAACACAGUUGUUCUUAGUCCUCAUUUCGCUGCUUUUGGUGCUGCCUGUUGUUGAAGCAGUAGAAGCUGGAGAUGCAAUCGCUCUCUUGUUGGGUGUGGUUCUGAGCAUUACAGGCAUUUGUGCUUGUUUGGGUGUAUAUGCACGGAAAAGAAAUGGACAGAUGUGACUUCGAAGAGCUCUCUGAAUCAAACCUUAUCCUGAAGACCUUUGUGCAAUUAAGGUUAAAAAUGUGCUUUGGUGUCUAAACAUUCCCAAGAAAUAGUAAAUAGGAUAAUUUCCCUAUAAAUGGGAACAAAUUGAUAGGUGUUUAAUGGGGGAAAAAAUGGUUUCUUCACAACAAAUAAUGCAUUGAAAAAUGCUGCCUAUAAUUUGUAUCAGUUAGAAGAGGGUCAAAGAUGUAAGAGUACUAAAAUCUGCAUUAGUAAUAUUUCAUAGUUUCGGAAUUCUCAAGGCACAUGAAAUAAGAAGGAAACUCUUGCCCAGAAUCCUAAGAAAUUGCCAGUGUUUGCUUACAGUCACUGCCUCCUGCAUUGUUAAGGGACCUUUUCUUCAUAUUUUUAGUAGAUUAUUGUUUAGCUGUCUUCCACAUUAUUACUGUACUUAAAUAAUCAAAUGCAGUCAAAAACUAGAACAUUUCUUUGGGGGAAAAGUUCAGAGAAAUUAUUCAAUAUAUCUAACAUUACAAUGGAGAAAAGACUUAUGUAAAGAAAAAAAAUCUUUAUAUUGACAUUGAAAUGGAGAGGAUUCAAUGUUGAAAAAAAACAACUAACCUUUGUAUUAAUUGAAUAACAUCCCAUAGUGAAAAGUACUAUAUUAAAUAUAAACCCAUUAUGUUGUAAAUUAAUGUGUGG